CAAAAUACAAUCACUGCUUCUCGAUAUGUUCUUUUCCAUAUUCCCCUGACUUUCCUUGUAGAUAUGUGUGUGUAUCGUUUGAUAAAUAGAAAUGAAUGCAAUGCGGAGCGCGGUUUAGAUGUUGUUGCCACCGAGCGGGAAGGAUAUUCAAUACCCGCCACUACUCGACGGAUUCUCUCCAAAUCAUUCUUGAUUCCCGUCGACCACGAUUCAUUCCUUUAAUCCUUGCCAAUGUAAUAUUUGCCAGCAUAAUGCCCUGGCGAAAUGCCCGACUAUUUCUUUCACAUUGCCAUUGAACUCUUCACAGUCGUUAAUCCUCCGACGAAAGCAGACAGGCAAACCCCGCCCUCGCCCUUCGAUCGAUUCUCCAAGGCCUUGAAGCCCUUUUCACACCAUCAGCGUCGUCGCUCGAAAGAUCCUGGCGUACACGUGAAGGAAGACCCUUCCGGACCUCGCGCACCGGCGCAUCUGCCGUGGGGAUCCGACGCCGACCUUCCAGACAUACAACAUUCGCACCCGUCAGACCAUAGACUUGACAAGAUCCUGUUGCGGGGCCAAGACAUGUCACAUUCAGAAGGAAAGGAUCUAGCCAUCACAGAAGACAAUAGCAUCGGAAAAGGCAUCGGAAGUGCCAUCUCCGGACACCAUCUCAAAGGACGGUACGAGCCAUUAGAGGACCCCGACAACGCGGAAGGGUGGGGGAUCGUACACCUCUAUAGAGAUAGCGAAGAGACAUCUGGACUGUUUUCAGAUUCCGCCUACAGGUCGAGUGACUUAUGGAGCGAUGGUCUGCGCAAUCCACCUUCCGGCAAGCCUCAUCCUCCACCAAAGGACGAAGAAUGCACAAGUCUUUGUAUCCUGGCGGUGCCCUCUUACAUGACCCCGUCCGAUUUCCUUUCGUGGGUUGGGGAGGAUACCAGGAGCGAAGUGAGCCAUUUCAGAAUGGUCCGUACUUCACGGGCCAACAGAUACAUGGUAUUGAUCAAGUUCAAACACGGCAAGAAAGCAAGAGAGUGGCAGUACGAAUGGAAUGGCAAGGUCUUUAACAGCAUGGAGCCAGAGACCUGCCACGUUGUCUUCCUCAAGUCUGUCAAUCUGUUACAUACAUCAUCAAUGGAACACAGCAGUGGCCUGAGCUCCCCAACCACAAGUUACCCUCGCAUGUCCAACGAUCCCUUCAUCCCUGCAUCGACUACUUCGAAGCCUCUAGCCCCGCGGACGCCAUCACUGGUCGAAUUGCCCACUUGCCCUGUCUGUCUGGAACGGAUGGACGAAACAACAGGCUUGCUCACGAUCCCAUGCCAACACGUAUUUCAUUGCACGUGUCUUGAGAAAUGGUCUGGUGGAGGCUGUCCUGUCUGCAGAUAUACCCACGACGAUUUCUCGUCUCGCGUGGGAUCUUCCAAGUUCAAGACUCUCAAGGGGAACGAAUAUGAGCCCAAUGACGGACCACUCGAGUGCGAGGUUUGCCAUGUUGACACCAGCCUGUGGCAGUGUUUGAUCUGUGGCAAGGUUGGUUGUGGAAGGUACGAAGGAAAACACGCUUACGCGCAUUUUGAAGACAGCGGGCACACCUUUAGCAUGGAUCUAGAAAGCAAAAGAGUUUGGGACUAUGCAGGUGACGCCUACGUGCAUCGUAUUAUCCAGGAUGCAGCCAAGCCAGGUGAGAAACUUGUUGAACUUCCAGGCAGAAGACGAGAGCCUACCGCAUUGGAAGGAUCGGAAGAUAUCGAGGUGGCCAAGAUGGACAACAUCGCUUUGGAGUACACGCAUCUGUUGACCAGCCAACUGGAAAGUCAGCGUGUGUAUUUCGAGGAAGUCGUUGAAAGAGCUGUUGAUAAAGCAUCGGAAGCGAACAAAAAUGCCGAGCGAGCCCUGGAGGAAUGUCGACUGGCAACGGACAAGUUACGUGCUCUUGAAGACGAACAUGAUGUCGUGGCUAAAGGACUUCUUCCUGAACUCGAGAGAGAGAAGAGUCGCCUGGAAAAGCGUUGUGCCAAGUUUGAAGAGAUGGCUCGAUCCUUUAACCAGAAAUUCCAGGAGGAGAAGACCCUGAGCGCGAACCUCAUGCAGAGACUGAAAUACCUCGAAGAGACACAGAUUGACCGCUUGAACAAAACGAUACAGAGUCUCGAGGAGGACAACGCUACCAAGGAUCUGUUGAUGGAGGGUCUGAGAGAGGAGCAUCGGGAUGCAAUGAUGCAAAUAUCAGCGCAGAAGAAGUUGCAAGAAAUGGUUGCAAGGGGAGAGCUGGAACAAGAGGAUCUCGAUGGCGCUAUUAUCGAAGCUGGACCCGCAAAGAAGGUGCCACUGCGACGAGGCCGUCGAAUCGUCAAUGGUCAGAGUCGUACCCUUGGUUCUUCAGGUCCUUCGCACUCGCUUCGGGCGGUCCCUGGUCCACUGCCCUCAGUCGAACCGCCUGCUAGGAUUCAUGCUGCUUACCACGACAUCUUCGGUGAGAUAUCUGCCAGCAAGGACUGGGAUGAAGGGAAAGCCAAGCAGAUCAUGGAGGACUGUAAAUCCAGACUACUUGGUGAGGGAUUACUGGUUCCAUCAUCCACCACUGAAGGCGAGGGCUCCGACAUUGAAGGUGAGGUUGAGCACGGUGAUGACGGAGAAGGGAGACCGAAGAGCAACAGUGCAAACAAGAAGCGAAAGGGCAAGAAGAAGGCUAAGAAAUGAGCUCUUCUGGUACUGGUCCCUGGUCUGGAUGGAUGGAUGGUGAGAACACGAGAUGCUGUUGAGUGACAUGUGUAAUUUCUUUACGACAAUCAGGAGUUUGUGGAAUAUCCGGGAUGAACAGGACCUGGAACGGUGUUUUGAUUAUUACGAGAUACCCCGGCAUCUGCAAACAGCGAUGCACAGCAUUUGGCGUUGGCAUGGACAGUGAUCGAUCGAUUGGUUCUGAGCUGUCAUAUUGUACAAUUUAAACAUAUUUCUUUCCAUGUCCAUACAGACAGGACAGGUCUUUUCCACUGUUAAAUCACUUGUAUCAAGCAGUGGUUGUUUGUUAUAUACACUUUUGUACUCGUACACGUCUAUC